AUGCAGAUUCCCAGCCUUGUCUGCGGACACCAACACGUACAUCCCGUAAUUGAAGCCAAUCAAUCAAAGCCACGCACGCGCAUGUCUGGACGAUGUGGAUACGAAAAACAACCUUUUCUUGCUCAAUUCCGUCGCAUUUCAACCUUGGCUGCUGCUGUCUACGGACUCUUACUCAAAUCAUCAACGAAACGUCUCUCUGUCCGCGCUGUUCUACUAUGUCAAUCACCGGAGUAUUCCUUGACCAAAUCAGACAUCGACGAAUUCUUAUCUAGUUCCUGCGGAAGAGAUACUUGCGAGUGGUUAUGCAUAUGCACUAGCGUUGACGAAAACUACAAAGGACCAGCAAUGAAAGCUGUUCAUAUUGAUCUCGAACACGAAAGCAUGUUAUACGAUGACUCGCUUCGUGAGCUUCCAAUUCGUCAACUAAGCAGUAAGCUUGUUGGCCUGCAUACAUUCAAAGAACAUCGCUUCCGGAUCGUACCUGAACGGGCGGGCGAGGACACAGAUGAUGUUGGUCAGCUUUUUAGUAGCUGUCUUGUACUGAUGCAUUUGAAGGAUAUCUAUGAACGAUGCUAUGGGGAUGAUUCGGGCGACGAUGAACGAUACUCGGAGUAA